CCGGAAAUCCCCACGUAUCUAUCGCUUAAAAAACAUCCUUCUUUAGAUGUCACAACAAUAAAAAAAAUUAAAUUGUUGUUUUUCUUCAUUGUAAAAUAAUACAACGUGAUGUAUUUUGAAAAAUCUAUUACUAUUUUAAUUCAAUUAAUAGUGUGUUAAAAUUUAUCACAAUGGGAACUACAGGCCAGUCUGUAACAUUAGCUAAUAGUAUUAUUGGAGUAGGCAUAUUGGCCAUGCCUUUUUGUUUUCAACAAUGUGGUGCACUUUUAGCAGGUUUAAUUUUGAUGUCUAUGGGUUUAGUAUCGAGACUUUGCUGUUAUUUUCUUUUAAAAGCCGCAAUUAUUACACGGAGAAGAAAUUAUGAGUUUCUUGCAUUUCAUGUGUUUGGUCCAGCGGGAAAGAUGGCAGUUGAAGUUGGAAUAAUUGGGUUCCUAAUGGGAACAUGUAUUGCAUAUUUUGUGGUGGUUGGUGACCUUGGCCCACAGAUUAUAUCAAAAAUGUUUAAUAUUAACCAAAGUGAUAUGUUAAGAACAUCAAUUAUGGUCAUAGUAUCUCUUGUAUGUGUUCUACCACUUGGUCUUCUAAGAAAUGUCGACAGUUUGAGUAAUGUCAGUGCAGCAACUAUUGCCUUUUAUUUUUGUCUGGUUAUAAAGGUUAUAUGUGAAGCUGGUUCUCAAAUGUUUGCACCAGACUGGCAAAACCGCAUUGAAAUGUGGAGACCAUCAGGAUUGUUGCAAUGUGUGCCUAUCUUCUCCAUGGCAUUAUUUUGUCAGACGCAGUUGUUUGAAAUAUUUGAAUCAUUGCCAUCGCUGUCGCUAGAGAAAAUGAAUGUUGUGACAAAAAAUGCCAUCAAUAUCUGCGCAUCUGUUUAUUUCACACUCGGACUGUUUGGAUAUAUUGCGUUUAGCGAACAUCAAAUAUCAGGCAACGUCUUAAUGAGUUUAAGUCCUACAAUGGCGAGUGACGUCAUUAAACUAGGCUUCGUGAUGUCAGUUGCCUGCAGUUUUCCACUAAUAAUAUUCCCCUGUCGGGCAAGUCUUUACUCUUUUUUGUAUCGGAAAGUCCAUCCCUCGCACCACGAUCACAUAAUAAACCACUCAAUACCAGAAAGCACAUUCCGGUGUAUAACAGUCGCGAUAAUCGCUGUUUCCCUCUUCAUCAGCCUUUUGUUGCCGAACGUUGAGUUAGUUCUGGGUUUGGUGGGAUCUACUAUCGGUGUUUUGGUGUGUGUGGUGUUCCCAGCCGCUUGCUUUAUUAAUGUCACGUUUAAGAAUACCAACGAACGUGUGUUGGCUAAGUUUACAGUUGUACUGGGAUUAAUAAUACUUGUACUUGGCACAUAUGCAAACCUACAAGCAGCAGAAAACACGAGAGACAAAUAUGACGAUAAAUUCAUAACACAAGAAAAAAUCGAUAAAAUUGUUGAAGAUUUCUUUGAGAAAAUGGAGAAAACAGAAGGAAUACCUAAACCCCAAGAAAUUGAACCCAAAAAAGAUGAAAACAACAACGAUGUAAAAGAUUCAGUAGCCUUACCACCAAAUCCCGUGCCACCUGAGUCGCAGUCAAAUGAGAAACCUAAAUCUGUAAUUGAAGAUAAAAAAGACAUUAUUCCUGACGACAAAGAAAAAGAACUGAAUAUAAAAACAUCGGAUGAGCAAUUGCAAAAUGGAAAAGCUAUAGACAAAGAAAAACGAAAUGGUCAAGCAACUUCUAACGUAGCAAAUGGUGAAGAAGUUAAGGACGUUGAAGAGAAGGCUAAAGAAGUAAAAUCACACCAAGAAAAAGUCGACAUGGAUAAACAUAAACAAUUAAUGGAAACAAUCAAACAACACGGGCAGGAACAAAAAGAGUUGAUAAAAGAACAAAAAGAAAUAUUAGAUAAACUAAGAAAGACCAAAAACGAAUUGGAAAAGAAUAAAAAGGAUAACGAUAAUGAGGAAACUAAAAAAAUAGCCGUGGAGAGCAUUCAGAAGAUCGCUAAUAUGGCGAUACAGAGUUUGACUGGAGUUUCGGAUAAACCACUUGAGAUUAAAGAAGACAAGAAACCCGAACCAAAAUUAGAUGAUGUAAACAUUUUGAAGAAAACUGCAGAAAAUUUAAACGCAAUCAAAAACAGAGAACUCAAAGAAAAACCUGUUAAUGUUAAAGAAAAAAUAGUAGAAAAAGAAGUUCAGAAACCAAUCAAAGAUCUUGAAAAUUUCGAGCCAAUGAAAGUACGCGCCGAAGAAGCAAAGAUAGAUUUAAUAAAUAAAGAAAAGCCUAACGAUAUUCCUCCGCUACCUCCGAAACAAGAGGCGAAUGAAAAUAUCAAAUCGAAACACUCGCAUUCCCCAGAUGAGCCACAAUCAUACAAACAAGGCGAAGAUCGACAGCCAAUAAAAUUAAAAAAUAGCGUCGGCAGUGUUCCUCUAGCAAUAGCUUUGAGCGAAAGCUCUAAAAUAAACAAGAAUUACCAACCGAAAUUAGUCGAGCAAAAUGGUGCAAAAAAUGUAAAAAACGUUGAUACAAUAUCUGAACAAAGACAAAAGCGAGAAGUCGUUGAUUGUACAGAAAAGACCACUUUGAAGCCUGAAGACAGGGAAAUUUGUGAAAAUUUGAUAAACAAAGAGAUAGAACACAGUGAAAUUUUGCCAAAAGUGGAUUUAAAUAAUGUUCUUUCCAAUUUGCAACCGGUACAUCACAUAAGAUCUCUAAAAAGUUACAUUGAAGCAAAAGAAAAUCAAUAAGGUUGUAUCCUUACUUAAAUUAUUUUAAUAUGUAUUCAGUCAUUGUAUAUUAAUUGUGUAUUUUGAUAAAGUGUAUUAAAGGUACAAAAUUACUAUCCAAUAUGAAAUUGGAUAGAUUUUAAAAUCCAAUACGUAUUUCCAAAAAAAAAUUAAGAAAUUUAAUAAAUAAUGUUUUUAUUGAGACAAUUUUUGUAUCAGAAAUGAAAUAUUAAAAUACCGUUUCAUAAUAAUCCUACA